GCGGGUGUAAGGAUCCCUUCAGGGGGUUAGGUGAACCUGAGGUAUUUGGGGCGGAGCAGGAGAGGUUCUCCAAAGGUUGGUCGGCGGCGGAGAGUCUGCGACCCCCGAGAUAAUCUCUGGGUCACCCUCUCCUUCGCGGCGGGAGCUGAGGAGCUCGCUUUGGGUCCCUGAGCGGCCCAGACCGUUGAUUUCCUUGCUGGAGGGGAAACUAACCCAGAGGACGAUGUUUCACGAUUCCACUCCAAACUCCCCUUACUUUUUAGAUUAGUAAGUUCUUAAAGUCUGACUUUCUCCCCGCCGGCAGCAGCCUUCGGUCCUCGGUGGGCCGCGAACCGGACAUCCACGGAUCGCUUCCAUUAACUCUUAGCGAGCCCGAAGUGCGUCCUUCUGUGCACUGUCCUGUUCUCCUUAACACAGAAGACACGCCUUUCCUUCUCCCAGUCCUUUCACCUUUCUCUCACCAGGCCCCUUUCCAGUUCUUUCAUCAUGUCAGAGCUCAAACACACUCCUUCCCAUUAUUUUGAAAAACAGGGUGAGACGGCCUCUGGGGAAGACAAUUCACCCUCUUAAAAGAGGGUGGCUGUACUUUUCCUCCUUAGCCCUGUUUCUUGCCCAGAGUGGGGCCGCUGCCCUCCCCUUACACUUAGAGUCUGGCAAGCAGAAUGGUGGUGAGGACAGAGGCUUUUCAGGGAAGAGGUGCUCUUGAUGAUUUUGAUAAGGCCAAACCCUCUCCAGCACCCCCUCCUACCGCCACAGCCCCUGAUGCUUCGGGGUCCCAGAAGAGAUCGCCGGGAGACACUGCCAAAGAUGCCCUCUUCGCCUCCCAAGAGAAGUUUUUCCAGGAACUGUUUGACAGCGAGCUGGCUUCCCAAGCCACUGCAGAGUUCGAGAAAGCAAUGAAGGAGUUGGCUGAGGAAGAGCCCCACCUGGUAGAGCAGUUCCAAAAGCUCUCAGAGGCUGCUGGGAGAGUAGGCAGUGAUGCGACUUCCCAACAAGAAUUCACUUCUUGCCUAAAGGAGACAUUAAGUGGACUAGCCAAGAAUGCCACUGACCUUCAGAACUCUGGCAUGUCAGAAGAGGAGCUGACCAAGGCCAUGGAAGGGCUGGGCAUGGACGAAGGAGAUGGGGAAGGGACCAUCCUCCCCAUCAUGCAGAGUAUCAUGCAGAACCUCCUGUCCAAGGAUGUGCUGUACCCGUCACUGAAGGAGAUCACAGAAAAGUAUCCAGAAUGGUUGCAGACUCACCGAGAAUCUCUACCUCCAGAGCAGUUUGAAAAAUAUCAGGAACAACACAGUGUCAUGGGCAAAAUAUGUGAGCAGUUUGAGGCAGAAACCCCCACAGAUAGUGAGGCCACUCAAAAGGCUCGUUUUGAGGUGGUGCUGGAUCUCAUGCAGCAGCUACAGGAUUUGGGCCAUCCUCCAAAAGAGCUUGCUGGGGAGAUGCCUCCUGGCCUCAACUUUGACCUGGAUGCCCUCAAUCUCUCGGGCCCACCAGGUGCCAAUGGCGAACAGUGUCUGAUCAUGUGAAACACAACAUGCUUUCUUCCCUGAUUCCCAGCCGUGGGGGAACGUCUGGAGUCAGCAGAACCACUGGGAGCUGAGGCAGGAGUGUCGUCCACAGGAGUGGUCUGCCCACUGCCAUCUGUCAUCCCACCCAAGAUUGUGCCAUACCAGCGGAGGCUUUUUCUCUGUCUUUCUAGGAAUAAGGCCUGUUCUGCAGAUCAUUUCUGUGAACCCUUUCCAUUGUGGUUUCUGCUGCUAGCAAAGGCCCAGCUACCUACCAGGUGAAGGAAGGUGUCCCUUUUGGGGCAUGCACCUUCUUUCCUCUCCCAAAAUAAUGUUAUACAGGGCCACAUUGAGUUACUUUUGUACCCAGGGUCUUCGUGCCUUGUGUCUACUCCCUGUCUUGGACCUGGGGAGCAGGGACAGAGUCCUAGGACUCUAUAUUUCUAUAGUUCUCUUGGGCAGCACCUGUGGGAAUGAAUGGGGAGAAACUUAGCCUAGGCUGGGGGUUUAGGUCUGUCACCACACCCUCUUGCCUUCAGACUGUCCUGAAUUCUCUGAAGGGAAAGUAAGUGGGGGGGCUUUUGCAUAAAAAUGCUACUCUUUCACAGUAGGUUGAAAGAGGAGCCCUGGGAUUCUCCUCUCUCCAGGUACAGAGUCCUCAAUUGCCUGUUCCAGCCUGAGAACUCAAGUAGCUGCCCUGUUCUUUCUAUAAUGCUAUGUGAUCUGGGUGAACUCAGCCCUUGACCUUCCUUUACCCCCUGCCUCUCCUCUCAUCUCUCUAUUUUAAAUACCUCUUUAUUCCAACCCUUCUCUGAGCCCAAACUGUGACAAAGAAGGGCCCAUCCUGUUUCCCCUCAUCUAGUCCAUCCACCACCCUCACUGGCCCCCGCAUCUCCCUGGCAAAUGUAUAUGAUUAUAGUGUCAGGUCUAGGAAAUGAAUUACUGUUCUUCCCCAGACACAUUUUGGCUUAUUUGAGACAUCUGAUUCCUUUGAAUCCUGUUCAUUGAUUCAGGGAGGUAGCUUGGGAAAGGGGGGGUGGGAUGCAGCCUGGGUCCUUUUUCCUGACUAAUAAAUAUUCUGAGUGAGGGAUUGA